UGGGUUCUGGGGAAAAGCCCCACAAGACCCGCUACGUGGGCUUCAGCCACUCCACCCACUUUCACCCCAUAGCUGAACCAGCUGAACCUGUUCCGUGCUCGCGGCGGCUUCAACACCUGCGUUGGCCUCCUGUGUACAUAGCCAUGGCAGAGUCGAGCGUGCGGGACAUCAAAGUGGGCUUCAGCAAAAGCAUCCUGGAGCAGUCCGAGAUGGACUUGACCAACCUGCGCAUCGGGAAGCAACGUGUGGUGUCCAAGAAGAAGCGUAUGAGCAAGUUGAAGAAGACCAUCCUCGAGGAUCGCGAGUACCGGGAUCCGGAGCGCCCCACGGGUGUGGCGACGGCCGCCGCGGGUCCACAGCGUGCGGCGCCGCGGCCGGUGGGGCUGGUGACCACGCCGAGUGAGCCGGAGCCGUUCCUGCCCAGCUGGUGUCAGAUGGGAGUCGAGGAAGUUGAGAAAGAUGAGAUGGAAGAGAUGCAGGAGGAGGAGGAGGCCGAGUGCUCGGCCGAACCUCCGAACGAGGACGUCGCGGAGCUCAGCGAGGACGUCGCGGACGUCGCGGACGCGGAGCUCGAGGCGCUGUCGAUCAGCGAGGCCCUGGAACGACUGAAGGAGGUGCAGGGCCGUGGCGGAGCUUCAGCCGCCGCGAAGCCGAAGACGGACUUGGAAGUGCGGCACUACGUACACCAGGAGCUCAGUGAUGAGCUGGACGAGAAGGUCAAACAUGUUCUCUCUGAGCUGGUGCGAUUCCAGGAACGUGCCAAGGAGAACCCCGUGAAGUACGCCAAGCUCAAACGCUACUGUGUGGGCUUGCGCGAAGCGAAGCGCGCCAUCAAUCGGAACAAGUGCAAGGGCCUCAUCGUGGCGCCGAACCUGGAAGUCUCCACGGCGGAGGGCGGCUUAGAUGACACGGUGGAAGACUUGGUGGAGCUGGCGCGGGAGAAUGAGGUGCCGGUGAUCUUUGCCCUGAGCCGCAACAGGAUUGGUAAGGCCAUGGGCAAGAACAUCCGCUUGAGCAUCGUGGCGCUCCACAGUGUGGAUGGGGUGCACCAACAGUUCAAGGAGCUGCUGAAGCUGGCGGAUGAGCUGCGUCGCCGCUGGGUCCUUCGGCAGAUGUCGCACGCCACCAGUGAGUAUGCCGAGCAGGCCCUGAAGAGGGCUGAAGAGAAGGCCUUGCGCGAUGCUGAACGUCGAGCUGAGAAGGAGCGGCUCGAGGUGGCGAAGGCGGCCGAGGAGCUGCAACGCGCCGAAGAGCGGAAGAAGCUGAAGGCCGAGAAGGCGGAGAUGAAGGCGCGGAAAGUGGCCCUGCAACAGGAGGAAGCUGAGCGACGGCGUGAGGAACGGGAGGCUCAAGCCAAAGAGCGUGAGGUGGAAAAGGCUCGAGAGGAUCAAGAGAUUGAGGCUCAGCGCGUGAAAGAACGCCUGGCCGAACAGGAGAGGCUCCGGAAGGAGGAGGAAGCUGCCAAGGAGGCUGAGCGGCGGCGCCGGGCAGAGCUCCGACGGGCCGAGGAGGAACGGCAGAAGCGGAUGGCGGAAGCCGCAGCCAAGGUUGCCUCGACGGGGCCGGUGAAGGCGGACGAGUCGGACGCCGAGUCUUCGGGCUCGGACCUUCCGCUGGGCUUCAACAGCAACCUCUUCUGAGAUGGUGCCCGAUUCUCCUAGCGCUGGCGCUCAGCCUGGCGCGGCUGAAGGCCCCGCCGGACGUUCGGUGUCCGAACCUGGUCCAGGUCAGAACCCGCGGCCUCACCCCAUCACGUCUGCUGCGAGGAGGUUGAAAAGAUGUGGCGUUUUAGUCUAGCUUGCUUGUAGCUUGUUGCUGGUCAGUCUUGCACAUGGCCAUGUAUAUGGCCAUCUGCCGUGAAAGCUAUAUAGAGGUUGAAGGUGAAGGGCACAUAGUGCACGUGACAGUAUGAAAGCUCAAGCAUGCUUCUUCACGGGUUUAGACUUCCAACCUGGUUGGAUUGCUUCGAAAGGGAUUCCUUUACGGGCACCAUGAAGGAUUGCCUCAUACCAUU